GCAGAUCAGACAGACGAGGACAGAAGACAUGGAGACGAGUCAGCUGCUGCUCAUCUCUCUGAUGAUGACGAUGAUGAUGAUGAUGAAGGAACCGACGAUGACCUCAGCUGCUUCUCAACAGAACUUCUGCUCCAACUCGACGGUGUUGAGGACUCGGACGGCGUGUCACUCCUGCAGCAUCAGUGCGUUGAUUCCGUGUCCGUCCGGAUACAAACAGACGCCCGGAUCCACCGCCAAGGACUGCAGGUACUACAUCAGGACGGCCAGUCUGCAGUUACCCAUCAGCGGCUGCUCCUUCGAGUGCUACAGCGAGGUGGAGAUGAAGAGCUGCUGUCCGGGUUUCUGGGGCCCCGACUGCAUCGAGUGUCCAGAAGAAGCCGACAGACCCUGCAGCAACAAAGGAGUCUGUUCAGAUGGCCUGGGAGGAAACGGGACCUGCACCUGUCAGGUGGGCUUUGCAGGAACCGCCUGUGAGGAUUGUGAACCUAAUCGAUAUGGUCCCACCUGUAGCUCAGUCUGCUCGUGUGUCCACGGUUUGUGUGACGCUGGUCUGAAAGGUGAUGGCAGGUGCACCUGUUUCUCCGGAUACAGAGGUCCAAACUGUGAUCAAGAGCUUCCUGAGUGUGCGUCUCUCAGCUGUCAGCAGAACUCUCGCUGUAUGGAAGAAGCUCUGACAGGACGGCUGGUGUGUCAGUGUCUCCCUGGUUACCAGCAGUCAGGAGCUCAGUGUGUGUCCGUGAACCCGUGUCUCCGGCAGGUCUGUCACGUUCACGCCACCUGCGUGCACUCAGGUCCAGACCAGCACCUGUGCGCCUGUAACCUGGGUUACAGCGGGGACGGACGAGUCUGCAUGGCCGUCGAUCCGUGUCAGACCGAACAGGGCGGCUGCUCCGCCGAGACCGCCCGCUGCGUCUACGACGUACCGGGCAAGUCUCACUGCGAGUGUCUUCCCGGCUUUGAGAACCUGUCGGACGGCGUCCGCUGCAGCCUGAAGGAUUCCUGUAGACCUGAUUCCUGUCACCAGAACGCCAACUGCACCACGGUGGCACCAGGAAGAGUCCAAUGCACCUGUCUCCAGGGUUACCUUGGCAACGGUAAAGCUUGUUAUGGUAACAUCAUGCAGCGACUGAAGGAACUGAACACUGAACCCGGCGGUCAGUGGAGCGGUCAGCUGAGCAACGCCAUCGCUCUGUUCGAUUCUCUGUCGUGGCCGUUGCAGAAUUUGGGUCCUUUCACUGUUUUUGUUCCGAUCAAUAAAGGCUUCAGAGGAACGUCGGUGAGAACUCUGACAGCUGACUCAGCUAAAGCUAAAUACGUGUGUAAGAUGCACCUGGUUGCCGGGGUGAUGCCCUUUGACAGUCUGAAGAAAAGUGACGUCUUCUACACUCUGACCGGGAAGUCAGCAGAGACGGACACGUCGGAGGGGGACACUCAGACUAAGAUCCGUAUCCAUGGCAGCAGGAAGAAAGGUGUGAUCAUCCAGUCCGACGUCGUGGCGUCCAACGGGAUGAUCCACGUCAUCAAUAAGCUGAUGGACAGCGUCUCUCCCACUGUGGAGAGUGACACACAGGAGAAUCUGAUGAAGAUCAUUUCAGACUACGGGAAGUUUGACAGACUCAGGUCUUUACUAGAGAAAGCCGCCAUGACGUCUCUCAUGGAUCUUCCUGGUCCCACCACUGUUUUUGCUCCCAGCAGCGCAGCGUUUGAUGCGAUGACGGAGGGACACCUGCAGCACCUCAGCAGCACUGAAGGCUUUAAUAAACUGGUGGAGCUGCUCAGGAACCACAUCGUUCCGUCCACCUCGCUGGAGGUCUACAACGCCGUGUCGAGCCCCAGAAUCGUGACGAUGGCCAAUCAGGUUCUGACGAUUAACGUGACGGAAAACGGUCAGAUUCUGGUGGACGGAGCGGCCGUGUUGGAGGCGGCUGUGGAGGCAAAGAACGGACGUCUGUACGUGCUGGACGGAGUUCUGACUCCGGCCUCCAUCGAACCGGUGCUGCCCCACAGGUGUGACGUCACCGAGAGCAAGAUCAUCAAGGGUCGCUGUGUCAGCUGCUCAAAGGUCAAACUGUCGCAGUGCUCGUCGGGAGUUUACACGGGCUCCUCCAUGUUCGGAUGUGUUUACACUCUCACUCUGGGCCGAGCAGAUGUCAGUAUCCCGGCAACCGGCUGCUCGCCGCUCUGCAACGCAACCGUCACGACUCGUGCGUGUUGUAAAGGUUUCUUCGGUUCAGACUGCAGACCCUGUCCUGGAGGAUACCAGACGCCCUGCUCAGGACACGGCCAGUGUUCGGACGGGAUCGAAGGAAACGGAACGUGUGUCUGUCGGCCAAACUUCAGCGGAUCUCGCUGUCAGUUCUGCUCGUUCUUCAACAAAUUUGGACCAAACUGUGACAGAACGUGUCCUUGUAUCCACGGUCAGUGUGACAACCGUCCGGACUCUGAUGGUCGCUGUAAAGUGGACUCCUGUCUGCCGGGUUUCACCGGCCGCUUCUGCGAACGCAGGACGGCGGCGUGCGGCGUUCAGGCUCAGUUCUGCCACGCCCACGCCGACUGUGACUUCAGCCAGGGAGCCACAAGGUGUGUUUGUAAAGCUGGUUACCAAGGCGACGGCAUCACCUGUGUGGAGUCAGACCCGUGUGCUCCACCUCUCAGAGGAGGCUGCAGCGUCAACGCUAAAUGUAUAAAGACGGGACCGGCCACUCGCUCCUGUCAGUGUCUGACUGGAUGGGAGGAGGACGGAGACGACUGUCAGCCAAUCAACAACUGCAACGCUCCCGACCAAGGCGACUGCCACCCGAACGCUACCUGCAUCUACGUGGGACCUGGACAGAGUGACUGCACAUGUAAAGCCGGCUACAAAGGAAACGGGCGAACCUGUGAAGCAGUGAAUCAGUGCGUAACUGAGAGCGGAGGCUGUCAUUACCUGGCCAGCUGUCGGCUGCUGUCCUCUCAGUGGACGUGUGUCUGUGAUGACGGAUAUGUUGGAAACGGACAGAUAUGUUACGGGACUGUUGAUCAGGAGCUGAUGGCGCUCCCAGAAGCCUCAGAGUUCUUCACAUGGACGACUGAGUCUGGUCUGUCUCGCUCUCUGUCGGAGCAGAACGUCACGCUGCUGGUUCCGUCUUCAGCUGCCGUCGAUAAAAUGUCUUCAGAGGACAAAAACUUCUGGACCAUGAAGGGAAACCUGCCGAGUCUCAUCAGAAAUCACAUGAUCCAGGGAACCUAUCCGUUAUCCAGCCUCAGCAACAUGUCCUCUGUGACUUCCCUUCUCAAGACAGCGCUUCCUGUUUCAACAACCAAUGAGAUCACAGCUGUAGGAGGAGCCACCAUCACCACAUCCAACAUCGCCGCGACCAACGGAUUCAUUCAUGUCAUUGAUAAGGUUUUGGUUCCUGACAGGAAGCUGAGUGAAGGUCUGCUGGCGACGCUCGCUCUGAGACCCGACUUCUCUCUCUUCAGAUCGUAUCUCAUUGAAUACAACCUGACGGACGAGCUCGAACAGGCCGACGAGUUCACUGUCUUCGCUCCGACAGACGCCGCCAUCAAUGAUUACCUGAAGAAAAUGGCUGUGACUGCUCUGGAUGUGGAAACGACUCGUUACCACCUGGUGGCGUCGGAGCGUCUGCUGAAGACCGACCUGCAGCCUGGCGGAUACAAACAGACGCUGCUCGGAUUCUCCUUCCAGCUGGGCAUCUACCCCCGAGACGGGAAGUUGUUUGUCAAUGAUGCUCAAAUAAACAUCUCCAACAUCCUGAGCGGUAAAGGAGUGAUUCACGGUCUGUCAGCUGUCCUGCAGAUCAACAGGAAUCGCUGUGAUGAGGCCAAAUAUCAGAAAGUCAUGGGACCGUGUUUGGAUUGUUUGUUCCCACAAAGCAAAAUCUGCCCGAAUGACACGAUUCUAGACAAAUCAGUGAAGAGGAGGAAAUGUAUGCUCAGUCGGGUGUUUGAUGACGAGCGACUGCUGACCAUCGGCUGUAGAGCGCCAUGCCUGCAGACCAACAUCGUUCGCAGGUGUUGCGCCGGGUUUUUCGGGGAGCACUGUGAGCCGUGUCCCGGGCCGAAGGGUCACCCCUGCUUCGGUAACGGAGUGUGUUUAGACGGAACGAACGGGACGGGAGUCUGUCAGUGCUACAAAGGUUUCGAUGGGACGGCCUGCGAAACCUGCCAGAGCGGGAAAUACGGAGUCCACUGUGAUCAGGACUGUGGCUGUAAAAAUGGCCGCUGUAAUGACGGGCCAAAUGGCGACGGGACGUGCGAGUGUGACGUCGGAUGGCGAGGCGUCCUGUGUGACGAAAAGAUUGAGUCCAGAGCGGAUGAACUGUGCGGUUCAGUGAUGUGUCACACCAGCGCAAACUGUGUGAUCCGACCGGCCGGCCUGCAGUGUCUUUGUGCUGCUGGAUUUGAAGGAAACGGAACUUUCUGUCGAGCGACAGACCCGUGUGUGUUGAAUAACGGCGGCUGCAGUCUGGACGCGGUGUGUAAGAGGACUCGACCCGGCCGGCGUGACUGCGUCUGUAAUCGCGGCUUCACUGGCGACGGACUCGUGUGUGUCGAGAUAAAUCCCUGCCUGGAAGGAAACGGCGGUUGUCACGUCAACGCAGAAUGUGUUCAUGUCGGACCGAACAAAACGUCCUGCAGCUGCAGCGACGGUUACUCGGGCAACGGACAAACCUGCACGAUGAUCAACUUGUGUCGAAAGGAAAACGGCGGCUGUCACAUGAACGCUAACUGUAACAUGACGGGUCCAGGUGUUCGUACCUGCAGGUGUAGGACUAACUAUGUGGGAGACGGUUUGACGUGCAGAGGCACGGUGGGGAAGGAGAUCCUGAUGCGCCGCCUCAGAGACUUUUACCUCGGGCUGAUGAUGGUGGAGAUCUCUCUGAAAGGUCGCGGCCCGUUCACCGUCUUCGCUCCCAACAGCGAGGCGUUCGCCGCCGACCGGAACGGAGACGGCAAGAUGCGAUCGCUGAUGUCGGACAGAUAUAAAGAGCAGUACGCCGCCGUCCUGCGCAGCCACAUCGUCAUGUGUCACACUCUGCUGCCCGCCGACCUCAGCCAACCUCGAAACCUGACCACUCUGUCGGGACACGUCCUGACCACCACGUCCUCUCAGGACAGCAUCUUCAUCAACCAGGCGACUGUGACGUACAGCAACGGCGUCGGCAUCAACGGGAUCUUCCACGAGAUCAACAAGAUUCUGUUUCCUGCUGACAUGGACAAAGAAAAGCAGCCAGACGUCCCUCUGAACCUGACGGACGUGGCUGAACGUCACGCUUACAGAAGCUUCUACAAACUGCUGGAGGACACGGGUGUGAUGGACCUGGUGCAUGAUGGGAUAUACCAGCCGGUGACCAUCUUCUUGCCCUCAGAUGACGUCAUGGCGUCUCUGCCGCAGGAGCAGAAGGACUUCCUGUUUCACCAACACAACCGAGCUCAGCUGCUGGAGUACCUGAAGUACCACAUCCUGCCGGGCCAGAAGAUUUACGCUGAAGGUUUGAUCUACCUGGACUCAGCUCGAACUCUGCAGGGCUCGCCGCUCUCCUUCAGCUGCGGAGGGAUGGACGACAUCGGAGAAAUCUUUGUGAAUGAUGGGAAGUGUCGGAUCACUCAGAGACACCUGAUCUUUAACGAGGGCGUCGCCUACGGCAUCGACUGCCUGCUGACUCCGCCCAGCCUGGGGGGGCGCUGUGACACGCAGACGACCUUUGACCUUGAGUUGGGCUGUGGACUGUGCACCUCCUCGGCUGCUCGCUGUCCGAGAGGAUCCAAACUGAAAGAGGUUCUGAAGUGCGAUCUGCCCUCCGUGUUCAUCACGAAGAACGCCGGCUGUCGCAGCGUCUGCACCAUCAACUUCUGGCAACCAAACUGUUGCCAUGGUUACCACGGGCGAGACUGUCUCGCGUGUCCGGGCGGUGUCAGCUCCCCCUGCGGUAACCGUGGUAAAUGUGACGACGGUCGCCUUGGUAACGGCACCUGUACCUGUGACGCAGGUUUUGGAGGUGUGGCCUGCGAGCUGUGCGAGGAGGGAUUCUACGGACCCACCUGUAAAGCCUGUAACUGCUCAGAACACGGGUCAUGUGACGAGGGACGCAGAGGGACGGGUUCGUGUUUCUGCGAGGCGGGCUGGACCGGACAGCGCUGUGAGACGCAGCAAGCUGGACUCUCUGUGUGUUCUCCAUCCUGCGCUCUGAACGCCGUCUGUCAGGACAACAACACCUGUGUGUGUCGGCCAUUUUAUGUAGGAGACGGCUUCACCUGUGAAGUGGUGGACAUGUGUCAGCUGUGGAACGGAGGUUGUGCUAAAGUAGCGAAGUGUUCUCAGACCGGCAACGUGGUGAGCUGCACCUGUCCUAAAGGUCACUCUGGAGACGGGUUCACCUGUCUGCCCGUCGACCCGUGUGUCGCCGGGGACAACGGCGGCUGCCACGAACACGCCGUCUGCACCAUGACGGCACCGGGGAAGAGGAAGUGCUCGUGUAAAGACAACUACAUCGGAGAUGGACUCACCUGUGAGGCCAAACAGCUGCCAAUCAGCCGCUGUCUCCAAGACAACGGACAAUGCCAUCAGGACGCCAAGUGCACAGACCUCCACUUUGAAGACGCGACGCUCGGUGUGUUUCACUUCCGUUCAGUUAACGGUCAGUACAAACUGAACUACACUGCUGCUCAACAGUCCUGCUCUGCAGAGGGAGGAAGCCUGGCCUCCUACACUCAGCUGUCCUACGCUCAGCAAGGCGGGUUGAACCUGUGUGCUGCUGGCUGGUUGGAGCAGGCCCGGGUGGCAUACCCCACCACUUACUCCAACCCCAACUGUGGCUUCGGACACGUGGGCAUUGUUGACUACGGCACCCGAAAAAAUCUGAGUGAGACCUGGGACACCUUCUGCUACCGGAUGAAGGAGGUGAAGUGUGAGUGUAAGUCGGGUUAUGUUGGAGACGGUUUCAGCUGUACAGGAAACCUGCUGCAGGUCCUCAGAUCCACACCGACCUUCUCCAACUUCCUCACACAAAUCCUGAACUACUCUCAGGUGUCUGAAUCAGGGAAACAGUUUGUGAAGCGUCUCAGUAACCUGACGGUCCAGUCGACGCUGUUUGUUCCCGACAACAGUGGCCUGGCUAACAACCAGACUUUGUCCCAGCGGGACAUUGAGUUCCACCUGUCGGAGGGUCAGGCUCUGCCUCUCAGCCAGCUGAAGAACGGCAGUCGGAUCAGAACUCGAGUCGGCAGCCUCGCCGUCCUCGGAGUCUCCAACCUGCUCGACCCCUCAGCUCUGUUGUCCCGUUAUAUCAACGACCAAUUCAUCACCGAUUCAGACAUUCUGGCCUCAAACGGGAUCAUACAUGUCCUCCAGGGACCCCUGAAAGCCCCGCCUCCUCGCCAGGAGCUGCAUGUGGCACAUAAGGCGGGGAUGGGAGUUGGAGUGGUGCUGCUGAUUGUUUUGGUGGCAGGAGUCAUUUUUGUUGGAUAUCACUUCUACACCCACAACACCAAACCCUUCCAGUUCCACUACUUCAAGGAGGAUGAAGCGGAAGAUGAAGCUGCACCUGCAGACGGCAGUCGCAGCAUCUGUAAUCCGGUUUAUGACGCAGGUCCUGAACCUGCUGAGUCCAACACGUCUGAUGUCACAGAGGACGACAAACACGAGGUGGUAAAUGGAGGAUCAUAUGACCUGCUGCAGGACAGCUGAGAGGGAAACUGCUGCUGCUGCUCACUGCUGGACUGGGACCUUCGGUCCUGUUUUUAUACCUCUGUGGACUGAAAUGAUCUGACCAGCCUCCAACGGUGUUUCAUCAGCACUGAGUUUUAUUUUCUCCUGUGACAAAAGACGGCAGCUGUGUCUGAGAACUGAAGGACUGUGGUGGAAAGGAUUCACCAGAGCAUCAUCAGUUCUCAGCCAUGUAACCUCACUCAUACAAACACGGAUGAUGCGUUCAGGUGCUAUGAGUCAACUCGUACAGAAAUCUUCAGACACUGCUCUGUAAUCAGACUGGUGAAGUUCAGUGAGGCCUAAUUUUACAAAUUGUGAUAUUUCUCAUCAGCACAUCAACGGACAGUGUGGCAGAGUCACAACUGGAAAGGACAGUUCAACCUGAUGACUAUAUAAACAGUAUUAUUUUCCUAGUUCCCCCAGUUGUAGUAACAGUGGUAGUAAAUCUACCACAGACAAAGCUCCAGUUCGUUUGUGUUUUACUUUGUUUCCAGCUUCUCUGGGCCGUAUAUGUUGUGUUUUCAUGUUUAAUGUUCUCUGGCUUAGAAAUGUUAAACUUUUGUUUACAGUUUCAGGUUAUCUGCAGACAUAAAAAUGUUAAAUGAAGAAUCAGGUAUAAUGAAAUUUAAAUGUUGAUUGAAAAAGAACUUGUGCUUCGUGUUGUCUUUACUGUUCUUUUUUGUUCUUACGUGUUUUUUCAUGAAAUGUGAAUAAGACCACUCUGAGUAUG